AAAUAUCCCAACAUCUAAUUAGCAUCUAGAAACCUGCUAGCUUCUCUAGCUAGCUACACCACCAUGGCCUUCAAAUUCAUUCUCGCAAUCCUUUUUCUCUUCGGGAUGUGCGCUUUUCAAGCCACUUCCCGCACCCUUGAUGAGACAUCCUUGCUGCAACGCCAUGAGAAGUGGAUGGCUCAUCAUGGCCGUUCUUACAAGGAUGAGGUUGAAAAGGCCAAAAGAUUUACGAUAUUCAAACAAAAUUUAGAGUUUGUUGAGUCUUUCAACAAAGCUGGAAACCGAUCUUAUAAGUUAGGCCUUAACAAAUUUUCAGAUUUCAGCAACGAGGAAUUUCGUUCCAUGUUUCUUAACGAAGACAACAUAUUCUUCCACCCUAUACCUAAUAGGUUUCCCAGAGGAAACUCAUCCAUAGGGAAUGGGAAUGGGAAUAGCGUUGGUGACUCAGACAACUGGGAUUGGAGAGAGAAGGGAGCUGUUACUGAUGUCAAAGAUCAAUCUCAGUGUGGUGCAUGUUGGGCAUUUACGGCGGUUGCAGCAGUGGAAGGAAUACAUCAGAUAAACACCGGAAACCUAGUUUCCUUGUCAGAACAACAACUUCUAGAUUGCGACGAGAGAAGCUACGGCUGCAAUGGAGGCAUGAUCACCGAGGCAUUCCAAUCGAUACAAGAUAUUGGCGGCCUUGUAUCUGAAUCUGAAUACCCAUACCAAGGUUCUCAGGGCAUGAACUGCAACAAUCAAGGCUCCCCGGUGGCAAGCAUCACCGGUUUUAAUGAAGUGGAGCAGGGCGAAUCCGCCCUGCUACAGGCCGUGACCAACCAGCCUGUCUCCGUCGGAAUCACCAUCGGCGGGAUGGAGUUCCAGCAGUACUCCACCGGCGUCUUUAACGGCGACUGUGGGACCGGGUCCCACCAUGCAGUGACCGUGGUCGGAUAUGGGACGAGCGAGGAGGGAGAAAAGUAUUGGCUGAUAAAAAAUUCAUGGGGCACAAGCUGGGGAGAAGAAGGGUAUAUGAGAAUGGCGAGGGACACUUCUGAGGGAGGACUCUGUGGCCUUGCCACUAGGGCUGCUUACCCUACUGCUUAGUUCGUUAUUAAAUGUUAAACCCAAACUCUAACAAUGUUUGGGUAAUUAAUUAAAUAUUCGGUACUACUAUAUGCACUAUAUACUCAUAUUGUGCAUGCAAAAUGGAAUUACUGUAUCCAAAAUAUGAAAUAUAUUUACCAUUGCAAAAAACAUUAUAUUGGAGUUGAAA